CACACACACACACACACUUACGUACUGAUGCCGGGCACGCUUGUUUCCACGACAUCGUCAUAGCGCAACCUGGCGGCGACAAGCCGCGGAUGCCAGGCCUCUUGCAGGUUCUGGCGGGGAACGUUCGGCUGGCUGUCUCACCGUUGGUGUCCCGCCAGACUAUUGUUGUUGAUGAAACAUGCGACCGAGCCUGGCAGCAGCAGCAGCAGCAGCAGCAGCAACAGCAGCAACAGCAGCAACAGCAGCAACAGCAGCAGUAGCAGUCAGUAUCUCGAUCGCAUCUCGGCUCGCAUUCAACUCACACCGACCGACUUUGAACUUUGGGAACGAGAUCGGGUGGGGCCCCUGCUGUGUGUUAACGGCAGCAGGGAAGUUUCAGGCGGGUACCAGCGGGCCAGAGAUAAGGUACAUGGUGCUGCAGUACGCCUACACGCCCUUGCGCCCUUACGCCCUUACGCCCUUUUACCCCAGCGACAGAUAAGGUGAGAGAGCGGGGCUUCCCCGCGACUCCAACAGCGAGCGGCCCCCUCUCCCGUGACCGUGUAAGUACAUCCCUC